CGUCAAGCUCACCCGUCCGCCCUACGCCUGCAGCCGCCAUGAACACCCUUUCGCACACAACGCGGUCGAUCCUGCGGCCAUCGAAGUCGCCGUUGUUUUUCUGCCAGCUCUUCGCUCCCCAAGUCCGACAUGCCUCGAUUCUUGGCAGCCUCAGCGAUCAUCCCGACGCCUACAACAAGCGCAUCCGACGAGGACGUGGUCCGUCUUCCGGCAAGGGAAAGACCUCGGGUCGUGGUCACAAAGGUCAGAAGCAGCACGGAAAGGUGCCGGCUGGGUUCAACGGAGGACAAACCAAACUCGAGGUUGUCCACGGAGAGCGAGGAUUCAAGAAUGUCUUCUCGGUGCACAUGUCUCCCCUGAACCUCGGAAAACUCCAGGAAUGGAUCGACGCUGGUCGGAUUGACCCCACGAAACCCAUCACAUUCAAAGAGCUCCUCGACACACGAGCGGUGCAUGGCAUCAAAGACGGCGUGAAACUUCUUGGCAACGGCGCCGACACCUUCAAGACCCCGAUCGACAUUACCGUGUCGCGAGCAUCUACGUCGGCGAUCGAGGCCAUCGAGAAGGCUGGUGGGACGAUCACAACUCAGUUCUUCAACAAGAUCGGCAUCAAAUCCAUUACGCAUCCCCACCUGCGAGCGUUUGAGGAGGGUCACAGGCUCGCUGGACCGUCGAGCAGAUUCGAUAUCGAGUACUACCGGGAUCCGAAGCACAGAGGAUUUCUCAGUGCGGACGUGGCUGCAAACAAUGAGUCGCCUAGUUUGUUGUUCAAGCACUUGGACGCGAAGCCGGCAAAGAGCGGGAAGAAGAAGGCCAAGAAGGACAAGGCUGCGAACAGGUUGUUUUAGAGAUUGGGAAUGUGUGUAUUAUAUGCGUGUAGAUAUCAUCAGGUAACUUCUGGUAGACCAUCUCUCUCUUGUUGAAUAUGGUUGUACCGGGAGCAGAUGUGACAACCUGCAACGAUAUGAGCAUAUGACGAUGUGACGGCCACUCCACCCCGCGCCCCGCACUUACCAUACCGAGUGAUCCGCUUUGCAAAAGCGGCUCAAAAUUAAGCUCGUCUCGGCGGCGCCAACCGCAGGCGGCUAGUGCCAUGCACUCAAUCC